AUGACUGUGGGAUGUGUUGCCGGAGACGAAGAAUCUUAUGACGUCUUCGCAGAUCUUCUGGAUCCCGUUAUUGAGAUGCGACAUGGCGGCUACAAGAAAACAGACAAGCACAAGACUGACCUUGAUUUCACGAAAAUCAAGGGUGGAAAACUUGACGAGAAGUACGUGCUAUCGUCACGUGUUCGCACCGGGCGCUCCAUCCGGGGUUUCAGUUUACCCCCGCACUGUUCACGAGCCGAGAGGAGAGGAGUCGAAAAAGCCGUGGUAGAUGCCCUGGGUAAACUGGACGGCGAUUUUAAGGGAAAGUAAGGCCUACAUGUAUGUUUCGUUAGUUAUACGAAAGAAAGAAAAGAACUUUUUCUGUAAUUUUCCCUAGAUGUCCUAAAAUGUUUAGUUUGCGAGACAUUCUAACGCCUGAGCCAUGCAAUGUAGCAUAUAAAACACAAGAAAGAAUGUUUCAAGGAUUUCCAAACAGUGAGAGUGGAACAAAAAAGACCAAUUUUUCAGGGCAGCGCUCGUAAAAAAUAAAUCAUCUCGUAAAAUAUCCGCGGGUGUUAUCUACAAGAACACAAACUCCUUAUACAAGGCGGUGUAGACUUAGUUUUAAAUUCGCUCCCUAUCUUGUUUCAGGUACUAUCCACUCAACAAGAUGACAGAAGCCGAACAGGAGCAGCUCAUAGCAGACCACUUCCUCUUCGACAAGCCAGUCUCGCCACUCUUGACAUGCGCAGGAAUGGCCCGUGACUGGCCCGAUGCCCGAGGGAUCUGGCACAAUGACAAGAAAAACUUUCUUGUCUGGGUUAAUGAAGAGGACCACACUCGAGUAAUCUCCAUGCAGACUGGAGGGGAUAUGGCUGCUGUGUUUGAACGAUUUUGUACUGGCCUUAAUAAGGUGUGGAAAUUAUUCAUUACUUUUGCUUAAUGUAUAAUUAUCGACCCCAGAGAUCAAGCUUUUGACUCCGCGCCUGCGCAAUAGAGAAGAGUUUUGGGGUCGAGAAUGUGCUAGUAUCUAAGACGUUGUACGCCAAGGAGGGGCCACUCCUAGUUGGACUUUAUUUUGAAAAAGCGCUCGAAGGGAAAGGUGUAGGUAAAGCAAUCGGAAUUUGGCAGAGUCUACUCAUGAAAACCAGAUGGAAAAAAGAAGUGUCGCAGAGAGUUAAGUGUUCAAGUGCUGCUAGUAUGCAAUUAAAAAUUGCUCAUGAUUUAAUCUAAUGAAGAUAAUAACAAUAAUGAUAGUGAUAAUGAUGAUGAUAGUACAGUAAUAAUAAUAAUACUAAUAAUAAUAUCAACAAGGAUGAUGACAGAUAGUAAAAACAAUAAUGAUAGAAACGAUAAGAGAACACCAGUGUCCAUAGAGUGAAAAGGUAGAUAGCAACGAUAGAAACUAGUAGUGUAUUGAAAAAAGUUGGACGAAAUUUGCUGACGUUCCUUAUUACGCUGAUUUAGCAACAGGAACGUCAGUUUACGACGGGAAAGCGCGCGGAAAGGACUGAACGCGACUUCCGGUGCUCAAUUUGCUGCUCUCGAUUGGUCAAGCCAGUCGUUUGAUUUGCGCGUGUCGUCGUCAACUGACGUUCCCGUUCUCUUGCUAAAUCGACGCCUUUAAUUUCUACCAGGUCGAGCAACUUAUCAAGGGAGCUGGGUACGAGUUCAUGUGGAAUGAGCACCUUGGUUAUGUGCUUACCUGUCCAUCAAACCUGGGUACCGGUCUCCGCGGAGGCGUCCAUCUGAAAAUCCCUCUCAUGAGUAAGGACGAGGCGCGGUUAGACGAUAUCCUGAAGAAACUCCGUCUGCAAAAGCGUGGCACGGGAGGCGUUGACACGGCGUCCGUGGGAGGCGUGUANAACGCUGAUAGGUUGGGGUUUUCAGAAGUGGAACAAGUUCAGGGUGUAAUCGAUGGCGUACAGUUGUUGAUUGAGAUGGAAAAGAGACUGGAGGAAGGCGGGACCAUCGAUGAUUUGAUUCCCAAGUAA